GUGACGUAACCCUAAACGCAGGAUUCGUCUUGCCCACGUGCUGCGCGGGGGCUGCAGGACUGAUGCAUUGCGCGUCCGUCCAGUCGUUGCACCCCGAUCGCAGGGCACGGCUGAGAUGCCCGUUUCUCGCUCCACCACACCGACUGGCUUGACUUCAGUUCUGAGGAGACCUGCGCCUCGCGUCGGAUGUGCAUCGUAGAGGGAAAUACCGGGACAUGGGGAUCUGUAACUAACACUUAAGAGCGUUAGCGUGCUAAGGUUUUUCGUCAUUACUGAAAACCGGUCGCCGAUCUUUACAGUAAUGCGAGAUUUUUGCAACGACCGCUGAAGAUCGAUGCUUACUCGUGACAUUCGGCAUUCUUCGGACAUGAACAGAAUUAACCUGCAGUCUGCUGAGCGUAGAUGCCGGUACACUUAACAUCGACCCCUCCCGAAGCCUGCAUCUUGAAGUGGGUGUCUUGGCAGUGCUCCUCGUCACCCUACCAGCUAUAACCUUCGAGCUAACGUCAAUGACAGCUGGCACCGAGGGCUGGCGUGCCGCCGCGCGGUCGGAGAUCUGCGUGAGCCUGCACCAGCGUUUGACGCUCAUUUAACAUUUGCUGAGGGAUGAACGUGGCGAAUUGCUCGUUGACGUACGCUCCGACACGUUUGAUCCGCAGCAGCCUCAGGCGUAAACCCUUUGCGUCGCAGCCUCUCGCGUAGAGCCACAUCCAGUAUUGGGUAAAUCCAUUCAUUCGCCCGUCUUUUUGCCAGCCUCGCUAAACAUGGCCUCUGCGGCCAGCAGCCUCGCUUCAUCCAUCGCCAGCAAAACGAAAACGAAAAAGAAACACUUCGUGGCACAGAAGGUAAAAUUAUUUCGUGCCAGCGACCCACUUCUCAGCGUGUUGAUGUGGGGGGUUAACCACUCGAUAAAUGAACUCAGUCACAUUCAGAUUCCAGUUAUGCUGAUGCCCGAUGACUUCAAAGCAAACUCCAAGAUCAAAGUGGACAAUCACCUCUUCAACAAAGAGAACAUGCCGAGCCAUUUCAAGUUUAAGGAGUACUGUCCUCUUGUCUUCCGGAAUCUUAGGGAGAGGUUUUCCAUCGAUGAUCAGGAAUAUCAGAAUUCGCUGACCCGCAGCGCGCCCAUCCCGAGUGACGCCCAGGGCCGCAGUGGCGCCCGCUUCCACACCACCUACAACAAGCGCUACGUCAUCAAGAUCAUCACCAGCGAGGACGUGGCUGAGAUGCACAACAUCCUGAAGAAGUACCACCAGUACAUAGUAGAGUGCCAUGGAAACACCCUGCUCCCUCAGUUCCUAGGCAUGUACCGCCUCACGGUGGACGGAGAUGAGACCUACAUGAUCGUCACGCGCAGCGUGUUCAGCCACCGCCUACCUGUUCACAAGAAAUACGACCUGAAGGGCUCCACUGUGGCCAGAGAGGCUAGUGACAAAGAAAAGCAGCCACGCCCACCGGAAGACGGUGCUCCGCCCAAGUCUCGCAUGAGCCACAAGCUACAAACCAUCCGGAUCGCCACGCGCUUUUACUGCGCCAUCAGACAUACUAAGGAGCUCCCGACUUACAAAGACAAUGACUUCAUCAACGAGGGCCAGAAGAUCUUCAUAGACGGAGAGAACAAGAAGAUGUUUCUGGAGAAACUGAAGAAUGAUGUGGAGUUCCUGGCCCAGCUGAAGCUGAUGGACUACAGCCUGCUGGUGGGCCUCCACGACAUAGAGCGCGGCGAGCAGGAGCCGGCCGAGGACGAGAGCGAGGAGAACGAGGGCGCCGAUGAAGAGGGGUGCGAAAGCGACGGGGCUGUGACGGCCAGCCCACCCGACAGCCCCAGCAACCGGCCGCUGGGCCCCGGCGACUUCGACCCCAGCAUCGACGUCUACGCCAUCCGGAGCCAUGACAACGCCCCCAAGAAAGAGGUCUAUUUCAUGGCCAUAAUCGACAUCCUCACACCAUACGAUGCCAAGAAAAAAGCGGCCCAUGCCGCUAAGACUGUAAAGCACGGGGCUGGAGCAGAGAUCUCAACCGUCAAUCCGGAGCAAUAUUCCAAGAGAUUUUAUGACUUCAUCACCACCAUUCUCUCCUAAAUGCUGCCUGAGGCUGCUUUGUCAGGAUGCUGGGAUUAGAGGCUGGGAUUAGGGGCAGGGUUUUCGGGUAAGGCCUCCGUAUCCGCAGAAAGGCUUCUGAUGUGAACCUGGGAGCUUUACCCAGCUCUCUUUGUUUACAGUUGAUUUUCUUUAUCUGUGCUUGACUUUUUUUCUCAAUAAAUCUCAAUAGGUUUAUGGUGCCAUGCAGUGGAUGGACAAAUGUCGUAUGUUUGUGUGUUAUACUGUGCUGUACCUCUGUGCUGGGUAUUGUUGAGUUGGAUAUGGAGUGGUGGUGUUGUGCAUUUAACUGAAACCCUCAGAGCUGCUUUUUUGAUCUUAUCGUCUGUUUACUGCAAGAAAGCAUCACGUCGCUGCUUUCCUGAGCCUGGAUUAACCUUAGUCCUGGACUGUGGAAUUUUCAGUGGAGGAUCUCCAUUGCCUGCACAGAUUAGUCCAAGGCUAGGCUUAAUAUGCAUCUGGAAAUAGCAGUCCAUUACAUUCAUAAAUGGAGUAUAAUUUCAUUUCGAAUGGUGAUUACAAAUCAUGCGUCCAGCAAGACAGACAUGUUGAUGGACACACACACGUAACUGUGGGUUGUUCUGGGUUUUUAAUUAAGCACUUGUACCAUUUGGAAGUAGAAAUAGAGAGAUUUGACAUUACUCUAGUCCAUGUAGACUGCGGAGAUAUUUGAGACCCAUCUAGUUAAUUUCCUAUUUGAAAAUGUAGGUUUAGCACCAGCUGCACAGUAGUGGAGUUGACCUGGGCACACCAACUCCAAUAGUGUAUAAACAGAAAACCUCCAAAAAUUGUUUGCACAUGUUCUAAUACACCAAAAUAUUUAUGCAAAUUCUACCAGUUUUAUCACUGACUCAACAGAGGGUCAUGCAAUAGUACUGUGUAUAUUAAGAUGUGUUAAGAGUUAAAUAAGGCAUGUAGAGUGAAUUAGACAUUGGGAAAAUUAGAGCUAAUAUUAGCAUUGCCACUUUUUUAUCCUCAGAAAAAGAACACAGCAUUCUUGUUCUUAUGUUACUCAGAUUAAAGGACCUUCUAUGGUGGGGGGAGGGGAAAUAUGCAUAUAUUUUUACAUCUGUUUGUUUGCGACAGUGUAACUUUUAAAAUGGAUCGUUCUUCCAGCGGGAAUGUGGGUUUGGGGUGUGGGUGCAGACGUGCAGCGAGGUUGAUGCCUAACUUCUGUGGGGCAUUUUGACACUGUACAGACAAAGAUUGGGAGACAGAUGCCUACAACUCUUGGUUUUGCUGUCAAUGUUUAUCUUUCGCUCAAACUUGUAACUUGAUGUGUUCCAGCGACCUUAAGUAUUAUGUAAUUAUAUGGAAAUGGAUAUGGUUUUUUUUUCAUAAAUGAUAUUGUUCAGAGAGUAACCAGAAACAUGACUGUAUGUGUCCGCAUUGUCAAUCUCUACACUGUGCAAGGGUGUGCCUUUUUUUACUCUGAAUUAUUUAAUUUUGUAUUUUAAUCUUUUUUUUUGUUUGUUUGUUUUUUUUAAAUAAAGUUCGCAAAUGUUAUUUUCUAAAAAGGGGGAAAGGUGAACGGGAGGAACCCUAAAGUGGUUUUGCUGUUCCUGUUGUGUGUGUGUGUGUGUGUGUGUGUGUGUGUGUGUGUGUGUGUGUGUGUGUGUGUGUGU